AUGAAUGCUACCGAUAUAUUCGAUGCCAACCUCGAAAAUGCCAUAACAAGAUAUCAAUCAAAACUAGGCCUUCCAAUUACGGGAAAGCUAGAUUCAGGUACAUUGUCGGAGAUUAUGUUGCCACGGUGUGGUGUGCCAGACCAGCCACCGGAAAAGUUGGGUGCCAUGCAACGGUUCGAAUAUUUCACCGACCGGCCGAGAUGGGAUCGAAGUAUACCGAUGACACUUACGUACGCAUUUUCACCAAGCAAUUUUAUCAAUUACUUAAGCAUGCAAGACAUAAGGGGGGUCUUUAAACGCGCUUUUGGCCAUUGGGCAGCAGUAAUUCCGGUUACGUUCGUAGAAACAAACGAUUACGGGUUCGCAGAUAUCAAAAUCGGGUUUUACAGUGGUGAUCAUGGAGAUGGAGAGGCGUUUGACGGUGUACUCGGGGUAUUAGCGCAUGCAUUUUCGCCGGAGAGUGGGCGGUUCCACCUUGACUCCGCCGAGACAUGGGCUGUGGACUUUAAAACGGAAAAGUCAGACGUGGCCGUAGAUUUGGAAUCGGUGGCUUUACAUGAAAUAGGUCACUUGUUGGGAUUGGCACACACAAGUGUUAAAGAUGCAGUUAUGUAUCCAAGCUUGAAACCUAGACAGCAGAAGUUAGAUUUGAAGAUUGAUGAUAUAAAGGGCGUACAAGCUCUUUAUGGUUCAAACCCUAAUUUCAAUUUUCAAGCUUUUUCAGAAUCAGAUAUAUCCUCAAAUGAUGCUGUUGGCUUCAGAAUCAGAAUCACAUCAGAAAUUUGGUUCAUCUUGCAGCUGUUGGUGUUCAUCUUGUGGUUGUGA